AUGACACCGCGACAUCAAGCAACAGUGGCGCUUAAGCCGAUUCUGAAGAAGCUGAUACCGAUUUGCUUCUUGACGGGUGCAGCAAUGGAGGCGUUCAUGGUCAAAACUGGAUUCUAUGAUAUUGUGACGGUAAACGAGGCAGAGCGUCGACAAAGGCGGGAUGAAGCGCGUCAAAAAUACCCAUCAACCAGAUAUUAG